UCAUAGACCAAAAUGGGUGAUGCUGAAAAAGGCAAGAAGCUCUUUGUUCAGAAAUGCUCUCAGUGCCACACAGUUGAAAAAGGGGGGCCGCACAAGACUGGCCCGAAUCUUUGGGGUCUGUUUGGUCGCAAAACAGGACAAGCUGCAGGAUUCUCUUACUCAGAUUCAAACAAGAACAAAGGUGUUGUGUGGAAUGAAAAUACACUGAUGGAGUAUUUGGAGAACCCUAAGAAAUAUAUUCCUGGAACUAAAAUGAUUUUUGCUGGCAUUAAAAAGAAGAAUGAGAGAGCAGAUGUUAUUGCAUACUUGAAAAAGGCAACCUCUUCAUGA